UACAGUUGGGACAUCUACAUCAGGAGGCGUGACAUUUUGGUCGGGGGAAGUGAACUUUACAUCGUCAGCAGAUGAGCGGCCCCACACUGUCAUCCUGAUCCCAAUCCCUUCCUCAUCUGUGAUCACACAGAAAUGACAUCACUAGAGUUAGCAGAAAGAAUAAUGACUAAGACCUGAUAAACAGUGAUGAACACGAUGGAAUGCAAACGCAUGUGAUGCAAUUUCAUUUUCACUUCUCUUUCCUUUCUGCAUGGUGGUGUGGUCUGGCUGGGCCGGCUCUGUCUGUCAUGUCUGUGGUGUGGCUGGUAUUGUUAUUAUUAAAUUAAAAAGGUUGUUAUCUUUGGAUGACAGAAAACAACUAAAUAUCAGCUUCCACUCACUCCGUACUACAUGUGUGAAGAAGACCUGUUCACUUAGAGUUGAAGACUCUGAUGAAUUCUGUUCCUUUUAUGUACAUUGAUGCUGUAUGCUCAUGCCAUCAAAUUCAAAUUCAGCGAGAGAAUAGGCCUAUCAUUUUGCAAAAAUAAAGCAACUGGGAGUCUUGGCGAGUUUUUCAUGGUGCAGUAUGAGACUGAGCCCAACCGUUUGCCAUCAUGCUGAACCGUUUCCGACAAGUUGUUAACAAUGUGAUGGCCAACAUGCCACAGAACCGAGCCAUGAAAGGUGGCAUGGAGGAGGAUGAGAUCACCAAUGGCAUGCAGGAGAAGUACUCCUACACCAGACCGGAGUUCCUUCAGCUGAGCUCGGAGGAAGUCUCCAUCGCCUCAGAUUCUGUCAUCCGACCAAUCAUGGUGCCAAGGGAUUUAUCCAAGCUGCCUUGGCACAGUGGCUAUUCAGAAGUGAUGAAUGGAGGGAAGAGCAAGCAGAAUGAGGAUCAAGCUGCUGCUGGACACUUUGUUCUUAAGGGUCAUAAUCACGAGAAGAUGGCUGUAGGGGAAGAGGGUAAACCCUCAAGUGCAGAUCCAGAUGACAUUCCCAUGACGUACUUUGCAGUCUUUGACGGCCAUGCUGGGACAGGAGCCUCACUGAUGUCAGUCAACACACUCCAUUAUCAAAUCUUAGAUAAGUUAGAUCGGGUCUAUGAGCUCCUCGUCAACAGUACCUUAGAACAAAGGCAGUUCUCUCGAAAGGGGGACCUGCGACCCUACAAGUGGCCGUUCAUAGAGAAGGAGGUGUCAAUUGAAAGUCUAGUCACUGGUGCUUUAGAGGCAACUUUUGUUGAUAUGGAUAACCAAAUAAAAGAUGAAAAACAGUACUACGCAAUAUCUGGAGGCUGCACUGCGUUGGUGGCGCUGUUUCUUCUCGGCAAACUGUACAUAGCAAAUGCUGGGGACAGCAGAGCGAUUAUCUGUAAAGGGUCAGAGGUCAUCCCCAUGUCAACGGACUUCAACCCGGUAACGGAGAGACAGAGAGUGCAAUACUUAGCCACAAUCAAACCGGAGUUGGUGAACACUGAGUUCACCCCACUGGAAUUCCAAAAGCGGGUCCACCGGAAGGAUCUUGGGAAGAGGGUGAUGUGUAGAGAUGCCUCAAUGACUGGAUGGACAUAUAAAGAAGUACUAGAAGACGACCUGAGAUUUCCCUUGGUGUUUGGUGAAGGCAAGAAGGCCCGCUUAUUAGCAACAAUUGGGGUAACCAGAGGAUUCGGUGACCAUGAUCUUAAAGUUCACGGAACAGAUAUCACCAUUAAGCCUUUUUUAUCACCAGUGCCAGAGGUCAGAGUUUAUGACCUUUUUGACCAAGACCACAGCGAGAACGACGUGUUGGUGAUGGCUACUGAUGGAUUAUGGGAUAUUCUGAGUAAUGAGAAAGUGUUUGAAAUCGUCAGGGAGGUGUUACAGAGCUUUCCACCUGGAGAUUACAAAAGAUAUGCAUCAGCAGGCCAGGAGUUAAUCAUGGCAGCCAGGGGUAUUCUAAAGACAAACGGAUGGCGAACUAAAGAUGGCCGCCUGGGGUCCGGUGAUGACAUCACAGUGUUCAUUAUCCCUCUUUGCCACCACAGGGGUUUAUCCCCUCAGAAUAGCAUCACUGAGUCCCAAGAUGCCUCGGGCACUUCUCCAGACAGCCCUGAGAACAAGAAUGCUCCAUCAAGCUUGCCUCAUGAAGGUGCCAUCUAAGUGACCCCCCUCCCAACUCUCCAAGGUACGCUUUACGCUACUUCCAUCAGGAUCAAACAUAAAUUGUUCUAGUUGUCAACAGCCACAAUCAUUGGUACACAUUAUUUGACCCAUUGAUACAGCAACAGUUUGAAAACCACAGAUGUAGCAGUUAUCUCAAUGUUAUCAAUUAACAAUCACUGUGUCAAUGAUGAAUACAAAUUGCUUGAGUUUGCCGAAAAACAAGAUUUGUAUAGUUACAUGUGCAUGUACUACACAUUUAUCUAUUGUUCAUUUGGUGUCUUUGUAAGAAAAAGUGUACUCUUGAUUGUGGCUUUGCACAUGUUUACUUUGGUGAAACAUACUUCUGCUGUAUUUGUACAUAAAACUGAGUUCACACUAAGUGUUCUUAACAUCUUUAACUUAAUCAUGUGAUUGACAACUUGUCUGAAAUAAUGGCAUAGGCUGAUGAUUUUGACAGAUCUCUAGCAAUAGCCAAGAGCCCAGUUACUACCAAAGACGCUUGGUUCAAAUGUUUUACUACGGCAAAAAGAUAAUGUGUCAUUAAACCUCAACCUAUCCCAGACACCCUCCCCCUAAACAAAUAAAAAAUAAAUAAUAAUAAAAAAUAAAAAUAAUAAUAAUAAAUAAAAAAAAUGCUUCACCCUCCUCCCCCCCCCCCUCCCUCUCGUCACCUAACCUCGAUUACAAAUCCCUAACUCACAACCCUUCUACAUCUAGGGCCCGAUUGCAACCGCCUGCUUUAAGCACAAAAUAAUAAUUAAUAAUAUAAUUAGAGUGGCCAUUUAUAAUGCGCAGUUUCUGUCUAAAAGACACUCCUGGUACAAUAUGCUUACCAUGGUUACCAGCCAAAUUACCGUUUUACACGCACUCUAUGUAACUGAUAUCCUGCUUAAUUUGUCUUAACUGGAAUAUGUCUAGCGAUAUUUUCUGCUUCAGCAGCUCUUUUGCAAUAAAGUGCUCUCCUAUUCUCUAAACGCUUCAUCUGUGAUCUACUACUUGACACCAGGCUGGGGAUUCUAUCUUUGACAGUGCAAGGCCACUUUCAUUUUGAAAAAGGCCAUGGCACUUCCAUUCUUAAAAUCUUUGGCAGGCCUUGAACUUGGCUCUGGAAGGGGAAAUUCCAUGAGGAAAAUGUAAAAUUGUGUUGGAACUUUGUAAAGGGCACCGCAGCAAAAGCACAGGGCACUGCGCCAAUUGCUCUGGGUGCUGUGAGUUACUUUGAUGUCUUCUAUUGGACAUUUUUGAAGGUCCACCAAGGUCAAGACCCGGGCAAUGGAGGUCAGGGCCUCUGUGACCUCCGUAAAACUCCAGCCCUGGGACACUCUCAUUCCUAAGAUAAUUGAAAGGAUUACUGCUAACACAACUGUAGCAGCAGUUGCGGAAAUUGUUUGCAAUGCUCCGUAGCUAAACAACCAACUGGCGUACAGGAGUCAACUUUUAAAAGGUAAUUUAUCCGAGACAACAGCGCAAUGUAUUCCAGUUUGCAGGUGUUUUUUGUGUAAACCGUAAAAAUAUAAUACUCAGAAAACAACAUUGUACUUAAAUUUAAUUUUCUUUGUACGAGAAAAAAGACUUAGCUGUUGCAAACUGCUUAUCAACCAAAAGGGACCUUAAAAAUAUUUUAUAAAUGCUAAGAAAAUGGCUUAGAGUUUUGACCCCAACAGAGUCUUUGCCCUUAUAUGGUGGACAAUCCAGAGCCCGGUUUGGUCGGCUGCUUGUAAGCGUUAAGUAGUGUAAUAUAAUAACUUUGCAUGUACAUUCAAUUAUAGUUUGAUGAUCCUCCCAUUAAGGGAACUCUGCAAACUCACACAAGAGAUCAUAAGCACCAGGCUGGCAUUAACAGCCAAUCUCUCUCAUAGACACAUUGGUUAAUCAUCCAUUGUUAUUAUGAA